AUGUCAAAAUCGCCAGAUAGUAAUACUCUAGUUGAUUUCUAUAGCUCGAUCACUACUCUUCACCAAGAAUCUCAAGCUCGUAUUAACAAUGUAUUUGAAAGUCUCAGGCAAGAAGCAGUUGCUCUUCUUCACAAGUAUCUUGUCUCCCUCAACAAUGAAGAUCCUGAAGAAGCCUCUACAAACACUUCAGCCUCCCCUAAGCACUCAAAGAAUCCCGAAAACCUUAUCUAUCCUAGCAGCACUGAAAAUCCACCUCAAAAGCCUCAACUCAGAAUUGCAAAAACUGAAAAUUCCAAAACCAGAGAAGAAAGUAACGAAGAGGAAAAUGACUCAGAUGCUCCUAAUCUGCCUACCAAAAGAAAACGUAGAGCCAGAAUUGAUAUUUUUAAUCUUGAAAUUCCUUACCUCAAUGAGUUCAAAGAAAAAGUCGAAAAUUUUAAAGAAAUGGCCAGGAAUUUAUAUGACAAAAACAUUUCGCCAAAAAUAAUUUCAAAACUAUUGAAUUUCCCUCUAAAUCAGAUACAUGUGCUCGGAAACUGGACUCAAAUUUCAUAUGAUAUCGCUAAAAAAAAUCGAGAAAUAAAGAAAAACGUCUUGAAAUUAUCUGAGGAAGGGCUUUCUAUAAGUGAUAUUUGUGAUAAAAUUUCAAUAAAGAAAAAUAUAGCAAGUAUGAUAUUAGACGAAUGCUCUUUAGUAGCUGUUAUUAGAUCGCCAGAAGAUAAAAGAAAAUUUAUUAAAUAUGUGAUAGAGAAUGAUAAGGUUUCAAAGAAUGUUAUAUCAAAAAUCACAGGAAUUAAUAUAGUGAAGCUUUAUGAGUGAAUUAAUCAGUAUAAUAGUAAUCUACCUUUUAGCAAUGAUGAAAUUAUAACUGAAGACGAAGGAUAUACAAGAGAAGAGAUUAGAGAAGUGAUAUAUAAUUAUUUCAUGAGUGGCUCUGCAGAAGCAGCAGCCAGAAAAAAUGGAAUUGCAAACCCGGAAUUAGUUAUGAAAUGGGUGACCUAUUUGGAGAAUUGCGGUAAAUCAAAAAAAAGCGAAUAA